AUGGGGAAUCCAGUACAAGAAGGGGAAGUGACAGACUUCAAAAAAUUCAUAGCUGAUGUUGGACUGGCUGAACUCAAAACAAUAGGGAGGAACUACACCUGGACAAACAACCAUGUCCAUAGUAGAAUAGAUAGAAUACUUGCCAAUGCAGAGUGGAUACAAAAAUGGCCUAAUAUGGAGGGAACUAUUAUGCAACCAGGUUUUUCAGAUCAUUGCCCUAUAAUGGUAACUGUUGCUGAGCCUACUAGGAUGGGAAAAAGACCAUUCAAAUUCUUUAAUUGCUUAGCAGCUCACCAUAAAUUUGAUGAUAUAGUCAGUCAAUGUUGGAAGAAGAGAAUUAAGGAAAAUCCAAUGCUGAAGGUGUGGUACAAAUUAAAGCAUCUGAAAAAAGAUCUGAAGAAAUUAAACAAUAAGGAGUGCAGCAGUGUGGGGCCAAAGAUCCAAGCAGCAAGGAACAAACUGAUGAACAUUCAAAUGGGAAUGGAAUCUCCAGAAAAUAAUGAUGAAGUAAUAGCACAAGAGAAGGAGACAAAAGUUGAACUGGCAAAAUGGCUGGAAGUGGAGGAAAGUAUUAUGAAGCAGGCAAGAAACCACAUAGGCAGACUGAUGGACAACACAGGACAACUUCUACAAAGUGCCAAUGAAGUAGAAGAAGAGAUCCUAAGCUUCUACAAAAAACUACUUGGUACAGCAGCCUCAACAUUACCAAUAGUUGAUCCAAAUGUCAUGCAGAAUGGAUACACUCUGAAUAGGCAGCAACAAAUGCAGUUAAUCAAAACCAAUUACUAA